AUGACCAAUAUCGUGGUUAGUUAUAUCCUCAACCCGCUCAUUUAUAUAGUGCCCGUUCUUCUGGCCGUUGCUUUCUUAACCCUAAUUGAACGCAAGGUCUUAGGCUAUAUACAGCUACGAAAGGGGCCUAAUAUUGUUGGUCCUUACGGACUCCUUCAACCUAUUGCUGAUGGUGUAAAAUUAUUUAUUAAGGAACCCAUUCGACCUUCAACCUCCUCUCCCUCCCUCUUCGUUUUGCCAGUACUUGCACUAACUCUUGCAUUAACACUUUGAGCCCCUAUACCUAUGCCCUUUCCUGUAGCUGAUCUUAAUCUAAGCAUUCUCUUUGUUCUUGCCCUUUCAAGUCUCGCCGUUUACUCGAUUCUGGGUUCCGGCUGGGCCUCAAAUUCAAAAUACGCACUAGUAGGGGCCCUUCGUGCUGUUGCUCAAACUAUUUCAUACGAAGUAAGUCUCGGCUUAAUUUUGCUCAGUGUUAUUAUCUUUUCUGGCGGCUUUACACUUCAGACAUUUAGUACGACUCAAGAAGCAACAUGGCUUGCCCUCCCAGCAUGACCCUUGGCAGCCAUAUGAUAUAUUUCCACACUAGAAGAAACAAAUCGAGCCCCAUUUGAUCUGACAGAGGGGGAAUCUGAGCUCGUUUCCGGCUUUAAUGUAGAAUAUGCAGGGGGACCCUUCGCAUUAUUUUUCCUAGCAGAAUACGCUAACAUUCUCCUUAUAAACACGCUAUCAGCUGUACUAUUUCUGGGCUCUUCCUAUUCCACCACAAUGCCCGAAUUUACAUCAUUAACCCUUAUAACCAAAGCAGCCCUCUUAUCCAUGGUUUUCCUCUGAGUACGAGCAUCUUACCCGCGUUUUCGUUAUGACCAACUAAUACAUCUAGUAUGAAAAAACUUUUUACCUCUAACUUUGGCACUAGUGAUUUGACAUCUAUCCCUCUCGACAGCAUGCGCUGGACUUCCACCCCAUGCCUAG